UGGACCAUUAAUGAUUGAAUGGGCUCUGCUGGGAAGGCUUGUCCUCACACAAUGACAGCUGAUGAGUCAGAAGCUGCAGAGUUAGCUCUGGAGCCCCUGCUCACUUGCAAGCUAUGUCUCUGUGAAUAUUCCCUGGAUAAGAUGACCACUCUUCAGGAAUGCAGCUGCAUCUUUUGUACAUCGUGCCUAAAACAGUACAUGCAGCUGGCAAUUCAAGAAGGUUGUGGUUCUCCUAUCACGUGUCCAGACAUGGUAUGCUUGAACCAUGGGACUCUACAAGAAGCAGAGAUUGCCUGUUUGGUGCCUGUUGACCAGUUUCAGUUAUACAGAAGGCUGAAGUUUGAACGAGAAGUCCACUUGGACCCCCAGAGAACAUGGUGCCCUGCAGCUGACUGCCAAACCGUGUGCCAUAUUGCACUGAGUGAGUCAGGAGCACCAGUGCCAGUGGAGUGCCCGGCUUGCUGCCUGACGUUCUGCUCCUCUUGCAAGGAGGCAUGGCACCCACAGCGCCUAUGCCAGGAAAACCAAACUACUGCAGUACCAACUGAGCAGGGAUCGCUUAUUGGAACGGAGACAGAGGCACCAAUUAAGCAGUGCCCAGUUUGUCGGAUCUAUAUUGAGCGAAACGAGGGCUGUGCUCAGAUGAUGUGCAAGAACUGCAAGCACACGUUUUGCUGGUAUUGUCUACAGAAUUUGGAUAACGAUAUCUUCUUAAGACAUUACGACAGAGGCCCUUGCAGGAACAAGCUGGGCCACUCGCGUGCUUCGGUGAUGUGGAACAGAACGCAGGUUGUGGGAAUCCUCGUUGGACUAGGUAUCAUAGCAUUGGUGACCUCUCCCUUGCUGCUCGUGGCAUCUCCAUGCAUCAUCUGCUGCAUUUGCAAAUCUUGCCGAAGCAAAAAGAAAAAACACGGCCCACCAACGACCUAAAACUCUGUGUCUGUUUGAGCCUCCAUCUGUACAGCAUAUGUAUGUGAGAAAGCACAAUGGUUGUAUUUUGGUGCCAUACCUACCA